AUGUUUAUGCGGACGGCAAAAGAGAACGUUUUCUUUUUGGGGGGGUUCGGGGCGCAAUACACAAAGUUCAAAGGUGAACUUGAUUGGGGAGCACAGUACCUACUUGAGCAAUGAUUUAAUAAUACUACCAAUAAAAAAUAUACAAAAAUAAAACAGCAAAAACAAUACAAAAAAAAAAAUACAGUAUUAUUUUAUCAAUUAAUUAGAUUUAUUUUAGCAUCUUUCUUUCAUUCCUGCUUCUGUAGAAAAUAAUUCAUUACUCCGCUAAAAACAAAGAUGUUAACACUGGCACACAGCUCAGUACUAGUAGUAGUAGUCGAUAGAUCUAGGUACUUGCAUUUUCCGUGCACGCAAAUACGAAUUCAAAGUACCUCGGAGUGCGAUCCCGGAAAAAAGAAACAUCCCCGGAUUUCUGUCUGGGGGGAAGCCAGAAGCGGCUCAUCUAGCGCAUAGUUGAAGGCCAUAAUUAACCGGUGUCGAUGGCAAGCUACAUCUCACGGCUUCUGCGUAAGAUGAUUGUUCAUUCAUCUUUUUUCUGAUACAGGUUGAUCGAGAAGGCGACAGGUCACCAAUUGUUGCUUCUACUUCCUCGGCCAGUACCGCUUGUACAUUUCGUCGGCUCUUUGUGGAUUAGCAGUACAUCACCAGUCCAAGUAAGAAUUAAGAACUAAACAUGUUCAAUUUCUCAUCUAUUUUUGCCGCGUCUCGCACAAGACUGUUUGGCCCAGCUGAUUCCAUUCCGCGCUGAAAAUCCCCCCUCAGUGACUCGAGUCGUUCUCCCGAUACCAGCCGCAGCAUCAAGUACCCAAACUCGGCAAUUGUCCAAACCUAGGCCUAGUACUAGCAGCACCGAGGAAUCCAUGCUCACAUCAUCGUCGCUGUAUUAAAAGCUGUUUAGCCUCACUCCUGCCCAUCCUCUGACUUCAUCUCUUCUUUUUUUUUCCUCCUGCUAUACAUCUCAUCGCUCCUGCUCCAUUUCCACUGCGUUUCGAUCUUCUCUCAUCCUCUAAGCUCCCCGCAGCUCGUCCACUGUGCGCCAUAGCAGAAACAUCAAAUCCCAUCAAAAUGACCCAACGCGUCCACCGAGUCACCAUGUUCAAGCUCCCCAAGAAGGAGGACCAGGAAAAGCUCCUAGCCCUCUACGAAACCGUCAGAGAUACAAGCACAAAGGAUGGCAAGCCCUACAUUCUCAGCAUGGCCGUCGGCGCCUGUGAGCCCGACCAGCGUUCUCAGGGCUACGACUUCGCCGCCAAGUUUGAGUUUGCCAGCCUGGAGGACAUGCGGUACUACGACGACGAGUGUCCCGCGCACCAGGCCCUCAAGGCGGCCGCUCGCAGCUUGGACGUCGGGGGACUGAUGACAAUCUACUUCAAGGAACUGCUCACGGGGGGCAUCUGAGCCAUUGAAAGACACCAGCAGUUACUUGGCUGCGAGACAGCUGAGGAGACGGGGCGAAAGGAUAGCCAAAAGCUACUUACGGUUUCACCCACUUUAUUCAUGCUUGGAGCUGCAUAAGCACUUGCACGGUAAUAUCUAGAAUUUGCCCUUUUAAAUUUUAGAACACAACACCUAAAAAACUAAUGAAAAAAAAACUAAUGAAAACUUUACAUGUCAAGAGGCG